GUUCACCCGCUUCUUCCGCGGGGCGACGUACGAAUAACGCAUAUAUCCACACCAAGGGGGGAGCAAGGACACACCAUGGCAGCAGCAACCGCAGCAGCAGAAGCACGAGAUACAAGCAGUGAGCUGCCCAGCUCAAAGCUCGGAACACAAGAGUACUGGGACUCGGUAUACCAGCGCGAAGUAUCCAAUUUCGCAUCCGAUGGGGAUCGCGGUGAAGUAUGGUUUGGACAAGAGGCAGCAAAGUCUAUGCUGGAGUAUCUGCGCUCCCACUACUCUGCUUCCUCUUCUGCGACCUCGUCGUCGUCGUCUCCAACGAUCCUUGAUGUAGGGACCGGCAAUGGACAUCUCCUCUUUAGUCUUUGUGGAGUCAAGGAUGACGAGGAUGAGAGCGAUGAGAGCGAUGAAGAUGAAGACGACGAUGAAGAGAAACUCGACGGCAAAGACGGAAGCGGUGCAAGAUCCUCCCGCAACCAGCUCAUCACUUCUCCAGACUAUAUGUGCGGCUGCGACUACUCGGCCGCCAGCGUACAACUCUGCAAGGACAUUGCCGCCUCGGUGCAAGGUAGUACACAAGCAGAGGUGGGCAAGAUACGUUGGGAAGAGUGCGAUGUACUUAAAGACGGGGAUGUAAAGCAGCUCAAGGAGAUGGCGGGACGGAUACGAGGGGAAGAGAGCUCGCGGGAUGGAUGGGAUAUUGUCCUGGACAAGGGGACGCUCGAUGCUAUCGCCCUCGCCUCUAGUGCGCCCAGCGCAGGUACCACACCCCUCAACACCUACCUCUCCGCCCUCGGCACCCUCACAACACCCGGCGGUCUCUUCCUCAUUACCUCUUGCAAUUUCACCGCCGAAGAGCUAGUGGCUAAACUUACUCAACCCCGGGCACAGGCACAAGUUGACCAAACUGGCAGCGGUCCAGCCACAGCUGCCUUUGAACAUCUGGAGACGUUGCCUGCGAAGCGACAGUUCAUGUUUGGCGGCAAGAAAGGGAGCACGACGGUCUGUGUUGCUUUCAGGAGACUGAGGGAGUGAAGGCAGCGUCGAGCAACCGAUCGCAAUAGGUUAUGAUGGGUAGUACAUAGCAUUCCUCAGAUGUGGUGCAAUGUCAAAUGUCAGGUGACAAAGGA